AUGGGAUUCAGAGAUUUCCCGUUCGUGGUACGAUCCAGUUCCAGAGACCCGAGGAGGUUUCCGAGUCACCGUGAAGUUUUGGCGUAUCUACAAGAUUUCGCUAAGGAGUUUGGGAUCGAGGAGAUGAUACGGUUUGAGAUGACGGUUCUGCGUGUUGCUCCAGCAAACGGUGAAGGAGGAAUCGGGAAAUGGAGGAUUGAAUCAACAGAGAAAGAGAAGAAAGUUGGUCAUGAUGAGAUUUACGAUGCUCUUGUUGUUUGUAAUGGACAUUACAUUGAACCUCGCCUUGCUGAUAUUCCUGGGAUAAGUUCUUGGCCAGGGAAAGAGAUGCAUAGCGAUAACCGAACCAUUCAAAGAUCAGGUUGUUGUGCUUAUUGGAAACGCUGCAAUGCUGAAGAUAUAAGUAGGGACAUCGCUAGAGCUGCCAAGGAGGUUCAUGUGGCUUAUUGGUCAAACGCGGCUGAUACGUUUAUCAAGCAGACUGGUCACACUAACCUGUGGAUCCAUUCAAUGAUAGAGCGUGUACAUGAGGAUGGUUCAGUGGUUUUUCAGAACGGUAUAACGAUUCUGAUUGAUGUUAUAAUCCAUUGCACUGGGUAUAAGUAUCACUUUUCGUUUCUUGAUACCAAUGGAAUUGUUACCGUAGAUGAUAACCGUGUCGGACCAUUGUACAAACACAUCUUUCCUCCAACAUUAGCACCGUCGCUCUCCUUCAUCGGGAUAGCUUGGAAGAUUGUGCCAUUCCCUAUUUUUGAGCUACAAAGCAAGUGGAUUGCAGGUGUUUUGUCGGGUCGAAUCACACUUCCUUCGAAAGAAGAUAUGAUGGUGGAAAUCGAAACCUUAUACGCCACAUAUGAAGCCCAAGGGAUUCCUAAGCGAUAA